CAAUGGGCCCAGGAUCGGAGGGGAGGAGCCAAGGGUUCCGGCGGCACCGCCCCUUCACUAAGGCUGUCACCCCGCCUCCUCUUCCUCCUCCUCCUCCUCUUCCUCCUCCUCUGCCCUCAGAUACACACACUGGCCAUGCAUCAAAUAGGCAAGCUUAAUGCCUUUGCAAACAGAGAGCGCGCAGCGCCCGCUUCUCGGAGACAGUCGACGGAGGUAGCUGGGGAACAGCCACCCAGAGCGCGCUAAGCAAGGUGUAUGACCGCCGGGUUCCGCGCCUGCCCUUCCCGCGCUCGGUUCCUACGCCUUUAAGUUCUACUUUCUCACCUUCCGCCCUUCCGCCACCUUCGGCCCGAGCAACACCGCGCUCGAAAAGGGGGAGGAUCCGCGAGAAAGUUGCGGCAACUUUGUGGCGAAGGCUGAGACAGGGAGGCGGAGAGAGGAGCCGCCGUCGCCUCAUUCCGGCCCUGCGAAGCCGAGCGGCUAUUCGUUCUUCCAGCGGAGACGAGCGCUUUCCCCGCUCGCAGCAAGUGGCCGGUGACUGGGAAAAUCAAGGCGGGGAGUCCGAAAGGAAAACGGGGGAGCAGGCGGAGGGGAGGAGCGCCCGGCUUCCUCGGCCACUUCCAAGGAAACGGCCAUGGCAGGCGGGGAAGGGCGCCUCGCCGACUCCAGGUAGCUGGAAAAUUUGCGCGGAGCGAGCCGGACAGGUGCCGGCCGGGCUGCUGUCCUGGGACGGGACAACUCCGUAGGCGUCUCUUGAAAAGCUGGAUUGACUUUGCCGCGGUUGGCGCUGCAUCUUCCACGACGUCGCCCGCUCCCUUUGCCUGGCCGAAGUCGGCUUCCUCGCUUCUCGCAACUCGCGGCGGCUUCUCGUCUGGGCGGCUGUCAAAUGCCCCUCUCCUGCCCAGGAGCAGGCAGGGCCCGGCGGACUUGAGUUGGAAAGGGACUUUCCGCUGCCUUCGCCUUUCCCUGAGAGCCCCGACGGCAGAAGAGCGGCGGGCCAAGACGACGGUGCGAGGAUCCCCCCCUGGGCGAGGAGGAGGAGGAGGAGGAGGGUGGGGGAGGCAACCUCGGAUCCCGGCGCAGCCACCAUUGAUUUCCUGCGGGUGGCUCGCAGCGACGGGCUGGGCGCUGCCGCCGCCGCCGCCGCUGCCGCCGCGGGCAUGGCCAAGCCGGCGGACCACGUUAAGCGGCCCAUGAACGCCUUCAUGGUGUGGUCGCGGGCGCAGCGGCGUAAGAUGGCCCAGGAGAACCCCAAGAUGCACAAUUCGGAGAUCUCCAAGCGGCUGGGCGCGGAGUGGAAGCUGCUGAGCGAGGCCGAGAAGCGGCCCUUCAUCGACGAGGCCAAGCGCCUGCGGGCCAUGCACAUGAAGGAGCACCCGGACUACAAGUACCGCCCGCGGCGGAAGCCCAAGACGCUCCUCAAGAAGGACAAGUUCGCCUUCCCUGUCGUCUCCUACGGCCUGCCCGACGCCGCCGACCCCCACGCCCACCCCCUCGGACCGCAUCACCCGGCGCUCAAGGCCGGCGUCCUCCACGGCCACGAAGCCUUCCUGGCCAACCCGGAGAAAGCCGCCGCCGCCGCGGCCGCCGCCGCCCGGGUCUUCUUCCCUCCCUCGGCCGCCGCCGCCGCCGCGGCCGCCGCAGCCGCCGCCUCGGGUAGCCCUUACUCUCUGCUCGACCUGGGCUCGAAAAUGGCCGCGGAGAUCUCGUCCUCGGCUGGCUCGGGAGCCGGCGGCGGCGGCGGCGGCUCGGGGGCCGGACUGCCCUACGCCGCCUCUUCGCUGGCUUACCCGACGGCUGGCGGUGCUUUCCACGCCGCCGCCGCUGCAGCCGCCGCCGCCGCGGCUAGCGGGGGCCACAGUCACUCGCACCCGUCCCCCGGGAACCCCGGCUACAUGAUCCCCUGCAACUGCAGCGCCUGGCCCAGCCCGGGACUCCAGCCGCCCCUGGCCUACAUCCUGCUGCCCGGCAUGGGUAAACCUCAGCUGGACCCUUACCCGGCGGCGGCGUACGCCGCGGCCCUAUGACAACCAGCGCUCUGCUUCGGAGCCCGGUGCCGAGAAGAACCGGGCGGCCUCGCGGGGCCCGGACUGUAGUUGCAAGUAGAGCCUCGCUCCCGCUCCGCCUGGCUCCCCGCGAGAAGCCCGCAGCCUGGCGCUUGGAUCGCCCUCUUUGCAGCUCCGGAGCCGGGAACCCACGCCUCCCGCCAACGCCGCUGGCCUCCCGGCUUGCUCCCGGCGUGGCUGGAGGGGCCGAGAAGUCAGUGCUUUCCAGAAGCUUCCUCUCCGGGAAGAUCCCACCUGCCACUGUAGGACCCGGUUCCGACGACCUUGGGAGUUGCUUUGCUUUCCGUUCCAGUGCCCCUGCCCGCUUUCUCUCCUCUCUCUCUCUCUCUCUCCUUCGCCCUCAAGCCCACGUCCUAUCCCGACCCGCAGUUCCGAGCAAAUGCUUGCCAAGUCCCCCCCCCCCACUCCAGCCCCGACGUAAGCACGAGGUUGUCUUUUAAAUCAGUGUCUAUCUGUCUGGAUGCUACCGAGCAAAAAGAGAGUUUGCACCCACCCACCCACUCCCGCAUAAAAAGCAGAGAGCCCUGAUACAAUACAGUCAGAGAAGAAGUUAGGAGGCGCUUAAUCCUCCUUACUAAGCCGGCUGCUCGCUCUCCCUUCUGCCAUUCACACAUCUCGCCUGAAGUUUGUAAAAUGUGUACCUGUCCGUGCGAACUUUAGGUCUCUAAGGCUAUAUUAUUUGAAAACUGUGGGUUUGGGUUUUGGCUGUGAUCCUACGCCCCCGUUGGCUCGAUGCUAGGUCUGGCUGCCUUCAAAGGGACUUGCUUCCAGUCAGACGAGCGAAGAGUGGGGGAAUAAAACCCGCGCCUCAAAUCAGAUUCAGACGGCUGCGAGCCAGUCAAGUUGCGAGUCACUUUUCCUGGUUGCCGUUUGAGUUCGAGGGUUUUCUUUUGUAAAACCGGACUUCCUAUUUGAGGAAUUAAUAUAUUUAUUAUGAUGUCAAUGUGUCUCAGUCCUGCGUGUUCAAGAGAAGACACUUAUCCCCUUUUUCCUCCCUAACUCCGUCUCCUUUCAUGUGAUUGGCAGUCACUCCGCUUGGGUGGGUGGGAGAAAUCUUUAUUUUUUUAAUAAAAGCAUAAAUAUUCAGUUGCAAAUAAUGAUUUUUGGAGGAGGAAUCAAGCUCAUUUUAAACCAUUCCCUCCGACACAACAAGUUUCUUUUACUUUUGUAAUGUGUAUAUUUGGAUUAAUGUUUGUGAAUCAACUUGCUUAAACAGUACUUAGGGAUUCUUUCUUUCGUUCUUCUUCCGUAAUAUAAAGUUUUUUGAAAAAAAAAGUUUUUUAAGUAUUGGUUUUAACAUUUGACGUGUAUAAAUGAGUUUGCUGGUAUGCUCUAAUUUAAAAUUAGACGUCUAAACUAUAUCUGUACAAUUAGACUCCGACUUACCACUCUGUUCAUUUUGGAACAAAGAGUUUAAAUAAAAGCCUGAAGCAGGGGAAAGA